GCACUACAAGCGCCCACUAGCGGUCAGUAACGCAUUGCGGCGCUGAAGUUCACUUGAGAAGAUGGCGGAGGGUGAACUAAACGUCGACAGCCUCAUCUCUCGGCUGUUGGAAGUGAGAGGAUGUCGUCCUGGGAAGAUUGUCCAGAUGACGGAGGCUGAAGUUCGAGGUCUGUGCAUUAAAUCCAGAGAGAUCUUCCUCAGUCAACCCAUCCUGCUGGAGCUCGAGGCUCCUCUCAAAAUCUGUGGUGAUAUCCACGGUCAGUACACCGACCUGCUGCGGCUGUUUGAGUACGGUGGUUUCCCCCCAGAGGCAAACUAUCUGUUCCUGGGUGAUUAUGUGGACCGAGGGAAGCAGUCCCUCGAGACCAUCUGCCUCCUGUUGGCCUACAAGAUCAAAUACCCAGAGAAUUUCUUUUUGCUCAGGGGCAAUCACGAGUGCGCCUCCAUCAACCGCAUCUACGGCUUCUACGACGAGUGUAAGCGCAGGUUCAACAUAAAGCUGUGGAAGACCUUCACUGACUGCUUUAACUGCCUCCCCAUCGCUGCCAUCAUUGAUGAGAAGAUUUUCUGCUGCCAUGGAGGUCUCUCACCUGACCUGCAGUCCAUGGAGCAGAUUCGAAGGAUCAUGAGGCCCACAGAUGUUCCCGAUACAGGUUUGCUGUGUGAUUUGUUGUGGUCAGAUCCUGAUAAAGAUGUUCAGGGUUGGGGAGAGAACGAUCGGGGCGUGUCCUUCACCUUCGGCGCCGACGUGGUCAGCAAAUUCCUCAAUCGCCACGAUCUGGAUCUCAUCUGCAGAGCACACCAGGUGGUGGAGGACGGGUACGAGUUCUUUGCGAAGCGGCAGCUGGUCACUCUGUUCUCAGCGCCCAAUUACUGCGGAGAGUUCGACAACGCCGGGGGCAUGAUGAGCGUCGAUGAGUCCCUCAUGUGCUCCUUUCAGAUCCUGAAGCCCUCAGAGAAGAAGGCUAAGUAUCAGUACGGAGGAGUAAACUCGGGCCGCCCCGUCACGCCUCCCCGCACGGCACAGGCCCCGAAGAAGAGGUGAACGGCCUGCCCCGCCCACCCAGAAAGCCCCGCCCCCCUCGGCCAUCCCCACCCCUGUACUUGAGGCGGUACCCAUUCACAAUCUGCCUCUCCCUCUUUCCCCUUUUCCCCCCUCACUCUUUUUUCUUAAUGUUGGUGUACAUAAUUUUUUGCCGUGACCAGGUGAUACGCGCUUUAUGUAUGUUUCUGCCUGUUCAGUGCUAUUUUUUAAAAUAAUAUUCAUAUUAAUAAUUACAUGGAUGCGAAGGGAGGAUUUCUCUUUCUCUCUUUCUCUCUCUCUCUCGCUCUCGCUCUCUCUUUAGCUCUCUCUCUUUCUCUGACGCAGUAUUGACAUUAAAAUCAAUGUUAUUUCUAUGUAGGGUGUUCAAGACUUUAAAUCCAGGGCUUUAAGCUGAAUGUUAGUCUUUAUCAGCACACACACACACACACACACGCACAGUUUUUACUCAGAAACGAGCGCACUAAGGUGUACAGCACACGCGCACACACACACACUACAGUAUGACGUAAUGUAACCUCGUUCCAGGGCUCUGUAUGUUUUUAUCAGAGGCUGAGCGAGUGAAUGAGAUGGAGAGAAAGAUGACGUGAAGGAGGAAGGGAACGACUAUUGCAGAACAAUAUGCGGUAACAACACAAGGGAAUAAUACUCCUUUGUUUUCUUUUUUUUUUUUUUUCUUUCCCCCCUCUACUUUUCUGAAACGGUUUCCCGUUCACGUCGUCAAGGCGAUAGAGCGAGAAACCAUGUGAGCGCCUGCAGAUCAUGUGACCGAUUUUAGCCAAUAAGCAACAGUGUGUAUGUGAACAGAAAACGCCAUAACGACAGCGGCUGUGUUUGCGUCUCGUUCCCUUUCUUUUUCAAGGGUUUUUCUAAUCGUCUCUCCUCUCACUUUUCCUCUGUUUAUCUGUCCCUGUCUUUGUUUGUCUUGCUGUCCUCUCCCUCUGUCUGUCGCUUUGUCUCUAUCGUUCUCAUUCUCUUCCUAUUUCUCUUGUAUCGUCUCAUUUUUUUACUGUCUUUCUCUGCCUCUAUCUAUCCAUCUCUCUCUCUCUCGCUCUCUCUUUCCCCCCUCACGCUCUGUGACCAUUUCAGACGAAACACCAGCACCGUAUCUGUAGAACAUGAUCAGAAUGAUGAGGAACGGCAGGUUCAUUUAGGACGAAGGAUUCACAAACAAACUCGCACUUAAAUACACACACUGCUCUUUCCUCCUCCUCUUCAUCAUCAUCAUCUAAAGAUGUUCACUGAGCAUUUUGGAGUCUUUCUUUCUCUCCUUCUUGAGUGCAGUAUUGAUGUAAAAACAUAAUUCCUGUUAAAUUCUUUUUUUCUUUUUUUUUAGUUAGGUGUGUUUUUGCUUUCUUGCACUAAGGUAGAUGAUUUUAACGGCGAUUACAUGUGUAUUUUAUAUAUAAAUAUAUAAAAGCAUAAGCGCGAUAGACGUAGUGACGGCGCCCCAGUGGCCACAUUGCGUCUCUACAAGAGAAUAAAACGGAGCUGACGAGGGCGAGUAACCAGGAGGAGUGAUCUGAUUGGCCGACACUGCUGUCAGUCACCAAAAAUCCGUUUCUUUUUUUCGUUCUUGGAUUGUUGCAAUUUUUUUUUUUUCUUAAUUUAUAAUUGGAUGUCAGGGAAAAUAUUCCAAAACACAUACAAUUUGUAUAACUGGCUUUCAAGUUCUUUGAACUCAAUAAAUGGAGCUAAAGACAA